AUGGUGAAAUGUGUGGAGCUCGUCAUUGAUCGAAAGAGCCGGAGAGAUUUUAAGAAGCCCACUGCUAUAUCAGUCUUGAGGAGGAAGAAGGAUUUGUUUGCCGGAAUGGAGGAUACAGUCCUUGAUCUACCUAUCCAGAGGCCUCUCAAUCGUCUCCGGGGAACGGUAGAUUUGGCGAUGAAGUCGAGCAUUGCGCUCCAUCCAUGUCCAAUAAACACAACCCUGCCAGCACAAUCGAAAUCCCCACAGACUCCAAGAGUAAUGGCACAUGAAGAACAAGUGGUCACAGCUUUCAUCAGAGCGGUUGCAGAGAAGGCAAUUAAGUUUUCAAUGGAAAAAUAUUUCAAACCCAAAAGAAAGUUUGAGUCUUUAGCUAUGUCCGAAGAUGAAUUGGAGAAAUUACCUUAUGAUCCCGGAGAAAGGAAAAGAAUAUCAGAAUAUCCUUUAAAUCAAAGAGAUGAGGUAAUACGCAAAUAUCUUAUUAGAGGUCCUUGUCAACCACGUGGUCAUGAAUUUCCUAAAACAUUGUUUACAAAUAAAUUGAGACGAUUCAAUCCAUCUUGGUUUGAUCUCUAUGGUGAUUGGUUGGAAUAUAGUGUGAAGAAGGACAAAGCAUAUUGUUUGUUCUGCUACUUGUUUAGAGAUUACACUGAAAAUAAAGGUGGAAGUGAUGCAUUUGUGAUUACUGGCUUUGAUGACUGGAACAAGACUGGCAGAUUACAAGAUCAUGUUGGAGAAGUGAACAGUUUUCACAAUAGUGCAUUGAAAAGGGCUGAUUAUUUUAUGAGACCAGGGCAGUCAAUUGUUCAUGCUUUUUAUAAGCAAGAUGAUGCGGCUAAAAAUGAAUACAGGAUCAGAUUGAAUGCUUCAAUUGGUGCUUGUAGGUUUUUGUUACAACAAGGACUACCAUUUCGAGGUCAUGAUGAGUCAGUAGAUUCAGUCAACAAGGGAAACUUUUUGGCGCUUUUGAAAUACACUGCAGAGCAAAAUGAACUUGUGAGUAAAGUUGUUUUAGAGAAUGCUCCAAAAAACAAUCAGAUGGUGUCCCACAAAAUUCAGACAGAUAUAGUUCAUUGUUUUGCAGAAGAAGUUAUUGAAUCUGUCAUUCAAGAAGUUGGUCAUGAUAUAUUUUGCUUGUUGGUGGAUGAGUCUGCAGAUGUUUCUGAUAAAGAACAAAUGGCAGUGGUUUUUCGCUUUGUUGAUAAUCAUGGGAUAGUUAAAGAAAGGUUCAUUGGUCUAGUUCAUGUGAAAGAGACAUCUUCUUUAUCUCUAAAGUGUGAUGUUGAUUCAUUGUUUGCUAAAUAUGGACUGAGUAUGAAAAAGCUAAGAGGACAAGGUUAUGAUGGAGCGAGUAAUAUGAAGGGUGAAUUCAACGGAUUGAGAUCUUUAAUUAUGAGAGAAUGCAGUUCUGCGUAUUAUGUCCACUGUUUUGCUCAUCAACUCCAGUUAGUUGUCGUGGCAGUUGCUCAAAAGCAUUUUGGGGUUGUGGAUUUCUUUGAUAAGCUUGCUGUCUUGUUAAAUGUUGUUGGGGAUUCUUGUAAGAGAAAAUAUAUGGUGCGAGAAGAUCAUCUGAAAAAAAUAGAGGAAAGAACUAAGAAAGGUGAAAUGAAGACAGGAAAGGGAUUAAACCAAGAGGCUCUUCAAAGGAAAGACUUGGAUAUUCUGAAUGCUAUGUCGCUUGUGAAAUCCACCAAGCAACAAUUGAAUAAGCUCAGGGAAAAUGGUUGGGAAUCUCUGAUCAACAAAGUUUUUUCCUUGGAGUUUAAUGACCGCUUUGAUGAGGUAAACACUGAAUUACUUGGUUGCAUUGCUUCUUUGAGCCCUAAUGAUUCAUUUCGUGAGUUUGAUCACUUGAAAGUUAUGAGGUUGUCUGAGUUUUAUCCUGAGGGUUUUAGUCAUAUGGAACAGAUGACUCUUGAACAUCAACUUGGUCUCUAUAUUGAUAACAUUCGCGAAGAUGAAAGAUUUGCUAAUUUGAAGAAUCUUGGAGAUCUUGCAUGUAUGAUGGUAGAGACAAAGAAACACCUUUCACAUCCUUUGGUGUAUCGGCUUUUAAAGCUAGUUUUGACUUUGCCUGUCGCCACUGCUACAGUUGAAAGAUGUUUUUCUGCGAUGAAGAUUGUGAAGACUAGCUUGAGGAAUCGGAUAAGUGAUCAGUUUUUAAAUGAUUGUGUUAUUUGUUUUGUUGAGAAAGAACUAUUUGAGAAAGUAACAAACGAUGUUGUGAUAAAAAGAUUCCAGAAAAUGGAAUCGCGUAGGAUUAAUUUGUAA